UAACGACGCUAAAGCUAGAAGAAAGUUAUCCCGGGAUAACUUUCACUGACCCUUUAACGUGUAAAUGGAGGCGUAACGUUAGAUGGUGUUUGUGCGGCUCGUUUCGGGCGGUAACGUUUGGUGUCGGUUAUUAUUUCAUUGUUUCCUCCUCGGCUGUGUAGAAGUUAGCCUGGAGGCAAGGCACGGGCUCUGCUCGAGUUCAAAACAGGCUAUCAAAUGAGACUUAAGGGAACAGGAGAGUCACUGUAAAAGAAGCCUACCAUGUCCGGUCCCACCUGGCUUCCACCGAGGACUCUGGAUAGCCCAGAGCGAGCCGUCCCCCAGAUGUCCCACUCUGCCGGCUCUGCAAUCUAUCGAGCACCAAACAAGAAGGGGAUGUCCGACUUCCGCCCAAAAUAUGGCCCCUAUGACCAGAACGGAGGAGGAGGAGGAGGAGACGGCGGCGGAGGCGGAGGGGGGAUGGCCAACAGGUACAUGGCUACUGGACCCACAGGUGGGCCCAUUCAUCAUUCGUCUAGCGAUCACUAUUACUCCCCUCCGCACGGUCCCAAAGAGGAUCGCAACUGGAGCCCUCACAUGGACAGCUACGAGCUGAUGCACCGUGGUCCUGAAAAGUCAGCGGGCUAUCACUCCAAAAUCGAUGCUGAUAUUGACUCCCUCACGAGUAUGCUCGCUGAUCUGGACAGCCACCCCCAGGACACCAGCGCACAACUGUACGACAAUGUGCCUUACAACAAAUACCUCUCAGGGGAUCACUACAAGCCUGCACACCAGAGCGCAGCCCCUUCUCAGGGACGGCCAUCAAUGGGCUACCCCCCUCAUCCCCAGAGUCAAUACCACCCAGCGCCCCCUUACCCCAGCGAACACCAGUCACCUCAGUACUCCACUUCCCACCAGCAGGACUACUACUCCUCCUCUUUGACCCCUAAGCCCUACCCCCAGCCCGUCCCAGCCUCCUACACCACCGCCUCAACUCCUACUGGGCCGAGGUUCAGCGUCCAGGUCAAAACGGCACAGCCCGUCACCUACUCUCAGACCGGGAGACAGGCUGAACAGGCCUACACCCCACCCCCUCCUCGUCAGCACGUGUCACGCCCCCCUCCCCAGACUCAGCAAAGUCCGCAGGGCUGGUACCCUCAACACCCCAGUUCACAAGCUCAGGAGAUGCACUCUGAGGCAGUGUACAAGGGGAGCAGCUCAGGAUCUGGAGGAAGAGUUAACCAGGUUCAACUGCUCAGGAAAGGGAUGGAAAAUAAUCAAACAGGGUCGGGGGCUGCACAGAGUCCUGCUUAUCAGCCCAGUAAGGGGUUGGUAACAGCCAGGCCUGAGGAAGAGUUGGAUCGACUCACCAAGAAGUUGGUGUAUGACAUGAACCACCCCCCUUCGGAGGACUAUUUUGGUCGCUGUGCCCGGUGCGGUGACAACGUGGUCGGUGACGGCAGCGGCUGCAUCGCCAUGGAGCAGGUGUUCCACGUGGAGUGUUUCACCUGCAUCACCUGCCACGCCCGUCUCCGAGGCCAACCCUUCUACGCCCUCGACAAGAAGAGUUACUGUGAGAGUUGUUACAUUAGUACAUUAGAGCGCUGUUCAAAGUGCUCUAAGCCCAUCCUGGACCGCAUCCUGCGGGCCAUGGGACGGGCCUACCAUCCUCGCUGUUUCACAUGUGUGGUUUGUAACUGCUGCCUGGACGGGGUGCCCUUCACCGUGGACGCAACCUCUCAGAUACACUGCAUAGAUGACUUUCAUAGGAAGUAUGCACCUCGCUGUUCAGUUUGUGGGGAGCCCAUCAUGCCUGAACAGGGCCAGGAGGAGACAGUCAGGAUUGUAGCUCUGGACCGCAGCUUCCACGUCAACUGUUAUGUCUGUGAGGAAUGUGGUCUCCUGCUGUCCUCUGAAGGGGAGGGUCGAGGCUGUUACCCACUGGAUGGCCACAUCUUGUGUAAGAGCUGCAGCGCACGCCGCAUCCAGGACCUCUCAGCCAAAAUCUCCACCGACUGCUAAUGAGCCUCUUGUCUGCUGCACCUUCUCAGCACUCUCUCACGACUCCACGGACAGUCAACAUAUCACACAUUAUUGACAGGAAAUGCCCCUGCUUUGUUCAGACCCCUGAGCUACUACUUUCUUUCUUGGUUGGCAUAAACUUUGCUACAGUUCCCUCUGUUGGUAUCCAGCUGCAGUGGAGUUCUGGUGGAGCAACUGCCUCACUAGUUUCCUUUCAUUCAGAGGUCCUACUACAUUUUCUUUCGCCUUUGUUACACACAGGUCCUCAUUUUACAUUUAGUUCAGUAUUGGCGUGACAGUGGCCUGACCUGCAGGCAGCUUGGGCUCCACUUACCAUUUAUCGGUACUGCUCAGCUAUUACCUUGCACAUUAUUAUCACUGUCGAAGACAAUGAACGUACGGAAGGAUAUUAUAGAUUUAGAUCUGAAAAUGAGGGAUUUUUUAGCAGAGAAGCUGCAUAAAUGAUAAUUAGGAAGGCGGCUUGUCUAAACAACGGGACCUGUACAUUUGUAAAACACUAAACUUCAAAGUGCAGAACUGCCUCAAAACGAGCACAUUAAAAGCACGUAAUGCAACAACUGUGAGUGUACAUAACAGGCUGGUUUUGUUUGACAAUGAAACUGUUCCCAGCUGUUUUGGAGCGCAUGUAGCCAUGUUGAGACGUAGCCUCAUAGCACGGGAAAUGUAGACGAAAGGAAUGUGUAGUUAACUUUAUAACCCAGACGUUUUGGUUUUCUUUAGAUUUUAUUAAAUGCUAGUUACACUAUUUGCUAGAACACACCUCUCGUUCAUACACUCAAACAUUACAGUGUCAUGUUGUUUAGUUAGAAGCUCAUAACAGGAUUUUUGCCUUUUUUUUUUUUAUCAUCCGGAAUAACAUUUGUGAACUAUGAAAAACACAAACUUGCUUUGGUUUGUUUAACAUUUAUUGUUGUUUGAUGCUUGACUGUUAUAUUGAAUAUAAUGGUGCAAUGAAGUCAAAUGCUUUCUUCUAAGGAAAACAGGGUGUUGGUCACUUACGUGGCUUAAAAACAUCCUUCUGUGUGAAGCUUCAGCCUCGUGUGAAGAAUGUAAUAUCGGGAAAAGUGUGAAACUAAAAUGAUUUAAUAUUUAAAAGUUUAUUGGGUAGCUUCUCUACUUGACAAAUACUUCUACAUGCUGUUAAUUCGUUACAUUCAGUGACAUAAAAAUGGAAUUGAAUGUAAUGAAUUAUUAGCCCAGAGAUUGAUUGCGGUUUAGAUUUUUGUUCAUCCUUGGACUCACGUGGGCCGAGCUGUCAUUCUCUGAGAUUUCGGAGCUACAGUAUUUUUGUUAUGAUUGUGUUUAACCUCUGUCUCUCCGUCCUGAUUUUGUAUUUGUGUAACUUAAAGGGCUAGAAAUCUGAAAGACUUACCUCAAGGAUGUCAUUCAGUUUCAUAAUGUUCCUUUUUAUUUUGUUUUUUUUGAAACUUUGUGAAUUUUGCUUUUGGUGUAUGUGUGUGUGUGUGACACAACUUGAUCAUGCUAAAGCGGUUCAUUCAUUUUAAUUUUUCAUCUCUUGUUAAUUUAUCUCAUCAUGUGUAUACUGUAUUAAUCUGCUUUGUAUCAUUAAGGUUAUCAUUUCAUUCAUCCUCCGAUGUGUCAUUUUAAAUCCUAACCCAUGCCAGCUCGUGUGUCAAACUCCUUGAAUCACGUGAUUUUUGUUUCUGUUACACCGUCAUCCAUUUAGCCUCCUUUCUGUGUGUUCAGUUUGAAAUGCUCUGAAUUAGAGCUUGUACAUCAAAGCUGAAUACACGCUGAGAGGAAGGAUGCCAUUUUGUAUCAAAUAAACAGGAAAAACGUGAACACAUGGGUGGAUUUUCUCCUAAUACAGUUUGUAAUAACAUAAUUGAUUAUUAAAAUGCCAACAAGUUAA